AUGGUCCAGUGUGCAUCUUUGUCUCCUCCCAGUAGUGACACAGCUCCAAAAAUGGUCCAGUGUGCGUCUUUGUCUCCUCCCAGUAGUGACACAGCUCCAAAAACGGUCCAGUGUGCGUCUUUGUCUCCUCCCAGUAGUGACACAGCUCCAAAAACGGUCCAGUGUGCGUCUUUGUCUCCUCCCAGUAGUGACACAGCUCCAAAAACGGUCCAGUGUGCGUCUUUGUAUCCUCCCUGUAGUGACACAGCUCCAAAGGUGGUCCAGUGUGCGUCUUUGUAUCCUCCCUGUAGUGACACAGCUCCAAAGGUGGUCCAGUGUGCGUCUUUGUCUCCUCCCAGUAGUGACACAGCUCCAAAAACAGCCCAGUGUGCGUCUUUGUCUCCUUCCAGUAGUGACACAGCUCCAAAGGUGGUCCAGUGUGCGUCUUUGUCUCCUUCCAGUAGUGACACAGCUCCAAAGGUGGUCCAGUGUGCGUCUUUGUCUCCUCCCAGUAGUGACACAGCUCCAAAAACAGCCCAGUGUGCGUUUUUGUAUCCUCCCAGUAGUGACACAGCUCCAAAAACAGCCCAGUGUGCGUCUUUGUAUCCUCCCUGUAGUGACACAGCUCCAAAGGUGGUCCAGUGUGCGUCUUUGUCUCCUCCCAGUAGUGACACAGCUCCAAAGGUGGUCCAGUCAGUUAGUUUUCCUGCUCAAAGUGACGACACCGCUCCACAAGUGACCAAAACGGUGUCUUUUGCACCUCUUUGUGAUGACACCGAUAAAACCCGCUUGAAAUAUGUUCGUAGAAAACAGGGGCAAAGAUUAUGUUGUCCCCACUGUAAUCUGUGCGUUUUAAAAAAAAAUCUCAAGAAACAUAUACAAAGGGCACACUUGAAUAUUGAACCUGAUAUCACUGCACAGUCUCACCUUCAAAGUCAGUGUAUUGACCCAAAAAAUGCAGUUUUUGCUGUUGCAAAAUCGUCUAAAGGCCCUUGUAUACCCAUUCAUGUUAUCAAAAAAACAUGGGGCAUUUCACACAAGGUGACUUGUGAACUUGAUGUCUGUAAUUCUGUAAUGGAUUUUAAAAGAAGAAGUGGCAUGAGAUCUUGUCAGUGUACACACUUAAAAUCAGUGGAUUACUGCAGAUCUGAUGCUGGAAAUGUUGUCCUGCAUGAAGAGGCUUUAAGAGAAAUGGUACAGCACAAAUGGUUUUCAGAGGAACGCAAAAGACAGUGCUUAAAUGCUCAGAAAAAAGCUGAAGAACAAAAUGUAUGUUUUGCAUCCUAUGUGACGCUUGAUGGUCCAUCCUAUAUGCACUAUGUGUCAGUUUUUGAGCCAAAAGUUUCUUUCUAUAACCGAUUGGAAAGAAUCAUGGUUGUUUAUAAUGCAAAAAACAAUACAUGGCAUUGCCCUUGUACUCGGCCAAGACGCUCCUGUAUACACAAGGCUGUGUGCAAAUGGUACCUUUUCCAAACCAACAGAAAAAUGUUCCAAAGAGUGAAGAGCACAGAGCUGGAAUUGACCUGCAAGACUCCAUUGCCAGUGGACACUGGACUUUCUAAUUCAGAAAAAGAUUAUACUGAGAACAUUGUGUACCCUCCAAAAAAUGAGGACCUCAAGAAAAUGGUGCAGUAUAUCUUUACAAAGAAAACAAUACCACCUUCCCUACCCAUCUCAGCAACCAAUUUAGAUGAAAAGGAAUCCCCAAAAGUUUUGGUUCCAGAUGAAAUGCACUGUUCAUCGUGUUCAGAACCCCUUAGUGAUCCUUUGCUCAUCUCUAAUAAAGCUAAAAUUGUCACAACAGUUGGAAUAAUUGAAGGUGUUGAAACCUACUGCAAGACAUGCCCAGUGUGUGGACUUGCAUAUCACUAUCAAGAAUGGAGCACUGGUCUGCAUAACUAUGAUGACCACAUCAUACUCAGUUUGAAAUUCUGUCUUAUGCUUCGGAGUUUUUUGCAGUCUCACACUGCUGUUGAAAGAGUCUGUAAAGCUCUUUCAAUAUCCAAUGGAGUGGUUUACCCAAGUAAAACUGUUCUUUGUGCUUAUUUGCACUUUGAAGCAUUAACUGAUCACGACUACCAGUUUUCCUGCUUAAAGUGUGGAUUCCAUCCAUCUGUUGUUAUCAUGGAUGCUCAUCGAAAAGCAGCUUUUAGCAUGCCAGUCAGUGAAAUAGAAGAACCACCAGCAAACUUUGAUGGACAGGUGGAUGUGGAGGCUUUUUGGAAUUCACUGCGAUUGGAGAUUAUUGCAAGAGGUCUUGUGGAGACUGGAAACCCCAAUCCUUUUGCAGUCAAGCCAAGCUAUCACCUUUGGGCUCCCUGGAUUGGACCGAAUACUAGGAAGUCUGGCUCUGUCUUAAAUACAGAAUGGGAGAAAGUACAUUCAUCAAAUCCUAAUCCUGCUUCUGAAGUUCCAGUAACUGAGGAAAGGCUUAUUGAUGAGCUGAUGUCACUGAAGGUUGCUGUUGUCCGACAUUUAUGUGCAUCUUGUGGGUUAGAUAACAAGGGAUCAAAGAUGGACCUCAUAUUGAGACUGAGGAGUGAAAUGCAAAACAGAUCAUCAUAUGACAAAAUUUUUCAAAAGGUUUGGGGCGCAUCAGGUGGCUGGGCAGUUGUUAUGUGCCCCUGCGGUGUCGUUAACAGCAUUAAAUGCCUGGUGAGAGCUGAAAGUCCAAGGGACUUUACUGACAUUUUGCUGUCCUGGAAACACCUUCCCAACGUAACCAUUUAUGACUUUGCAAGAGGACUUUCCACUCAUGCAAAUCUCCGUAAUCCAAACGUGAUUCCCUUCAGCCCACAUGAGGGUCGGCUUUUGGAGCCAAAUGAUGUCAAUGUCGCAGCAGCAGAAGAGGGAAGACUUAAAAUUUCAUUGGAAUGGCUCAAAGAGAAGAAAAUGCCUGCUGAUGUGAAUGGGCAUCCAUUAACUGGCUCAUCUGAUCACUAUGUACUUUCUGACCGAUUCCAUGAAAACAACACAAAGGAUCCCCGUGAUAAACUUCGUAAAAUACAGCUUGUGCCUGAGUUGGCUGGAAGAGUUAAUUCUCAGUGUGCGGAGCAGUUGUUUUCUCAAAUGAGAAAAAACAAUUACUUCCUAAAUGUUAUGAAGCCAACAAAUCACUUGUUUCUUAUGCGAAACCUGCUGCACCACUACAACGUUGCGAUUAACACUAGGUUUACAGAACAGCUUACCAAGGCUGUUGGUUGCACUCAGGUUGUCCUGGAUGAGCAUGGCCAAGCACUUGCAGGGACUUUAAGUAAAAGCAUAGUCGAAAUGGAUGAUGAGCCAAGUACAGUCGAAAUGGAUGAUGAGCCAAGUACAGUCGAAAUGGAUGAUGAGCCAAGUACAGACAAGGCGUCUGUGACAUGGCUGAAGGAUGUAAUGCCCAACAAGACCGGCUGGGAGCAACCAUUCAGUGAAGAAAAGGUGAUUGCUCUAUGA